AUUCAUUCAUUCAUCCAAUGAAAAUGGCAGAAGCUUGACACCUCAUCAACUACAACCACUAGUUUGCAAGCAAUAGAUACUCCUUUAGGCUUUAGCUUUAGCUCUGUUUCCGCAAAUUUGUAGAUUCCUCUGUAGAGGCUUAGGCACCUUUACCAAAAACAAUCAAAUGGCUUCUCCAAUGGCCAGCCAACUAAAGAGCAGCUUUGCCUCAUCUGUAGUUACCAGGGCCCUGGUUGUUCCCAGAGGCAUUUCUGGAGCUCCAUUCAGAGUCUCACCCGCCAAGAGAUCCUUCACAGUCCAGACCGUUCAGGCUGAGAAGCCGACUUUUCAAGUGAUUCAACCAAUCAAUGGAGACCCCUUCAUAGGAAGCCUAGAGACUCCAGUAACAUCAAGCCCAUUUAUGGCCUGGUACCUCUCCAACUUACCAGCCUACAGAACAGCAGUGAGUCCACUGCUCAGGGGAAUUGAGGUGGGGCUGGCCCACGGGCUAUUGUUGGUAGGCCCAUUUGUGAAGGCAGGUCCAUUGAGGAACACAGAGUAUGCAGGAGCAGCAGGGUCAUUGGCAGCAGGAGGACUAGUUGUGAUUCUGAGCAUAUGCUUGACAAUGUAUGGAAUAGCUUCAUUCAAUGAAGGAGUGUCAUCAACAGCACCUAGCCUUACCUUGACUGGAAGAAAGAAGGAGCCUGACUAGCUACAAACAGCUGAUGGUUGGGCCAAGUUCACUGGAGGGUUUUUCUUUGGUGGAAUUUCUGGUGUCAUUUGGGCUUAUUACCUCCUCUAUGUCCUUAACCUUCCUUAUUUUGUAAAGUAGAGGGCUCUCUCCCUUUCUCAAUAUCAUCUGCCCGUUAUUUGGCAUUGGACAUUUGCAAAUGAUAACAGCAUAUUUGUUACAGUA